AUGAGCACCAUCAACAAGGGCACGUUCCAAGGCUACGUGUCUUCGACGCAGGAUGCCCUGCUCAUCUUCGAGGCCGUUCGCCGAGGCAUCAUGCCGAAGAUCACCCGCCGCCUGCGCGAGGACGAGAGGGGCCUGAUCAAGAGCGGGACCGUCUUUGUCUUCGACGAGCGCGAAUCGGGCAUCAAGAGGUGGACCGACGGCCUCCUCUGGAGCCCGAGCAGGAUCCUGAUGAACUUCCUGGUCUAUCGCCAGAUCGAUCGAAAGUCGGUGCGGCCUCCCCCGGAUCAGCCGGCCUUCGCCACAUCCCAGCCAGGUUUCCCGCUGCCGAGCGCACCGAUAGAGUCCUCGCUCUCCAACUCAGCACAGGGCAACGGGCUGCGGCCGUUCGGGAUGUCGCACUCGGGCAGCCUCGAGGAGGCCGGAAUGGUGGGCUCGCUCGCUCCGUACGCCGCCUCGUCCAAUCCGGGUCUCUCGACCUCGUCGUCGUCGCUAAGCGCCUACCACGAUACCAGCAGCGGACUUUCGGCAGCAUACACGACACAGGCGCAGGCGGCAGCCGGCAUGGUCGUCCCCGCUGCAGCACCGACGGCUGCCAGCCGCAGGGACAAUGAGCUCGAGAGGAGCCUCGUGGGCAGCCUCACCAACAGCUACCCGUUCCUCAAGGACGGCCUGUGCAAGAAGACCAUCUCGAUCCAGGUUGAGGGCUCGACGCAGCACCUCAUCUCGUACUACACGGUCGAGGAUGUGCGCUCGGGCAGGCUGCGAACGCCUUCGUCGCUGCCAGAGAUUGCGGCGCUCUGCAUCUCGCCGAUCUUCCUCAACAAGUCCAACUUCCGCAACCCGCCGCACAUCGAGUACGGCCCGGACGGCAUCCCGCGAUACCGCGGCGAUGCUUCGGACGGUGCAUCGAGUCGUCUGCCGGGUCACCACUCUGGCAGCGAGGGGACCUCCUCUGGCAGCGAUUCGCGGGAUGCCCGAAGCCUGCACAGCCCCGGGAGCGCCAUGGCGCUGUACUCGCCCUCGAUCGCCUCGGACGGCUCGCAGCAGAUGGAUGCGUACUUCAGGCACGCCCACCAGAUUGGCGGCUCGGGCUCCCUGACGACGACCGCGGCCUCUUCGGGCGCCUCCUACCCGGGCCACCGGAGGGCUUCGGACGCGCAGCUCCGCCGCAGCUCCAGCCGAUACGAGCCGUACGCGGUCGCUGGCCACUACGGCCACAGUUCGACCAGCUCGCCCUAUUUCAGUCCGACGGGCACGCCGUACUACCAGUCGCCGGGUGGGCACCCGGCCACGUCGGCGCUGAGCCGCAAGGGCUCCAACGCCUCAGUCUCGGCACGCAGCUGGACCAUGUCCAAUGCCGGACAGUCGUCGAGCCCAGGCCAGGCCGUGACGCCGCUCAACUUCCCUAGCACAGUCAACCAGGGAUCCUCGCUCUUCGGCUCGCAUCACGGCGACUCGACCAACCUCUACGACGCCGCCUCUUCGUCCGAGUCGCUCUACCCGGUGGCGUCCGGUGGUGCGGCAGCGAGCUCGGGCCUCGACCAGAACCAGCAGUCGGCGUCAUCCUCGGUCGCGUUCCCCCUGCGCUUGCCGCCAUCUUACUCUUCCGACACGACGGCGACUGCGACCGUGGCAGCGUCGCAGCACUCUGCCCUCGGGACAGCGUCGAGCAGGACAGAUGCGACCGCGAGCAACGGGCAGACCAACAGCACCUUCAGCUGGACGCGCCCGUACCGGGGCAGCUGGGACUCGGCGCAGACGACGGCUCCCGCUGCCGGCGCAGAAGGCUACGCUCAGGACUUUCAUCCCCCUCCUCCUGCCACGAGCCAAGGCUUGACGGCACUCUCGCUGUACUCGCAGAGCGGUCUGGGCAGCUCGCGCAUCACCACCGCCGAAGAGGCACAGCCGUCGCCGCCGCCGACCAGCUCGUCGUACAGCAGCCACCACUCGUUGAUGGGGCAGGCCAACACGCACGCCAGCCUGUCGGCCAACCACUCGGCGGCCAUCGAGACGUCGUUUUCCCACCGCAGCCACAGCGAGAGCCUGGCGCACGCGCUCGACGAGCACCGCAAGCCGUCGUCGAGCAGCUACGGAUCGAGCUACCACAUGCCGCCGCCAUCGGCGCCGGCGACGAGGUGGCAAGCGACGCAGGACCAGUUCGACUCCGACCAGGCCGGCGUCUUUUCUUCGGGCACCUCGCUCGUCGGCAGCCGAGGCGAGCUGGGCGAAUCGACCCACUCGCUCGGCAGCAUGAGCUUCCAUGCCGAUGGGAGCCGGCCGCAGCACUCUCUCUGGCCAUCCGAGGGCGACACGGCCGACGACUCCACGGCGAUCAAGCGGGAGGAGAUCUGGGACCUGGGCAGCGAAGACGCCGCACCGGCGCGCUCGCGAUUCGACGCCCAGGAGGCAGCGGGAGGCCAGGCAAGGCGGGACGACGUCGACUCGAACGCGGCGGGAUCGAGAGAUGCUGGUCUUGAGAGGGUCGUCCUCACCAAGCCGGCAAUUUGA